AUAUCACGUGUUCACUUAAACCUAAUAAUAUAAAAAUGGCUGUUUGAGCCAAUGUUGUAUCUUAACAAAUUAUUUUAUAAGUUUCUGAACAUUAAUAGAGGAUUACUGCUUAUCUAGAAUUUGUUACUUCAGAAAAUGGAAAAUAUACCGUUGACUAUAAUUUUUAUUUAUAUAUUUAAAUUGAUUGACAGAGGAAACGGAGAUAUUCUAGGUAAGAAAGAAUAAAUAGAAUAACAUUAAAAAGUUGUUUAUUCUCUGCACUGAAAUACCACUACGUACCAUCUACAAAGCUGUGACCUGAUGAAUAAUCGAAAUAAACAGCUUUCUUUUUGUAUAUUACAUAAUCAUUUUUACCGUUUAUUAUUAGCUUGUGGAUCCUUUGCAAUUGACAAUGGACAACCAAAGCCCAAUACCAAGACUAUGCAGAUUGAUUAUACGUGUUAUUCAAAUUAUAAACUGAAUGGUUCAUCAACGGUAUAUUGUAAUAGUGAAACAAGAAAAUUUGAACCUGCAAAACCUGAAUGUAUACCAAGUAACCUUCCAACGAACGAAACAAAAUUUUGGAAUUGGGCCAGAAUAUUCCUAGAAAAUCAUUUAUGGGAAGGUGAUUACUCAUAUGAAAUAUCAUCCUCAGUUACUUCUAAUGCAGAGCCAUUCCCUAGAAUUAAUCAGAGAUGGGAUGAACCAAUAACUCUAAAAGUACUGUCUAGAGGUGAAAAAAUUGAUGAUUUUUAUUUUGUUCUAUCAGUCGAUGAUCACCGACCAAUAUUACUAACUGCGUCAGAGGAUCCGUCAGAUAAAAUGAAAUUAAUUUUUAGGAGUGAAAAUUUAACAGAAUCUCAUGCAAUUUUUCCUAAAAAUGAUUGGAAAUUAGAGUUAACAAAAUAUAUUAGUGAUGAUAAAUGGGAGUUCUUAGGAGAUAUAAAUACGUUAAAGUACGGCAAUUGCCCAAUAAAGUUAUAUCAACCUAAACGUAAAUAUAUUUAAGUAAUUCAAGUGUUGAUAAGAAUAAUCUCAUUUCUAGUUACAGUUGGAGAAUCUAUUGGAGUUACGGGAAGUCCACCGAUAAUAUCAACUGGAGGAAUUAUUGGAAUUGCGUUAGCUGGAUUUGCUGUUGUUGUUCUUCUUGUCUUUAUUGCCUUCAUCAGAUUUAGAAACAGAGAAAGCGUAUGUGAAAAUAAUAGCGGAUAUAAUGAUAGCAGGUUUUUAAUUUAAACAGCCUGAUAUAAGUAUUUCACAAGUAUCUCUAUACUGUCGUCUCUCACACAUUCUAAUAGUAUUUAAUAUUCUAUUUUGGAUAAAAUUGACAUCAGGUUCUCCCCCUAUGGAAUAAAUUCAAAAUCUUAAACCUGCUAUAGU